CUUCCUGCCCGGCCCCUCGAAGGCCCUGCCGGGCGGCGGUGGCCACAGAGGCAUGGUGGCGCUGGAGAACCCGGAGGGCGGCUCGGAAGAGGCGGCGACGGUGGCGGAGGUCUCCCCCGGCGGGCGGCGGAUGCUGCCCCUGCCAGGCUGCCUGCCUGCUCUGGCUGGCUCCCAGGUGAAGAGGUUCUCAGCCUCCAAGCGGAAGCAGCAUUUCAUCAACCAGGCAGUGCGGAACUCAGACCUUGUGCCCAAGGCCAAGGGGCGAAAGAGCCUCCAGCGCUUGGAGAACACCCAGUACCUCCUGACCUUGUUGGAGUCAAAUGGGGGCACGCCUGGCCUGGAGGAUGGGGACCUGGCACCUCCUGCAGCACCCGGCAUUUUCGCUGAGGCCUGCAAUAAUGCGACCUAUGUGGAGGUCUGGAACGACUUCAUGAACCGCUCCGGGGAGGAGCAGGAGCGGGUGCUCCGCUACCUGGAGGAUGAGGGGAAGAGCAAGGCACGGAGGAGGGGACCUGGCCGCUGCGAGGACCGGAGGCCAGACGACCUGGCCUACACCCCACGCGAGUGCUUCCAGCGCAUCAGCCGGCGCCUCCGAGCCAUCCUCAAGCGGAGCCGAAUCCCCAUGGAGACGCUGGAGACCUGGGAAGAGCGGCUGCUGAGGUUCUUCUCGGUGUCCCCCCAGGCCGUCUACACAGCCAUGCUGGACAGCAGCUUCGAGAGGCUCCUGCUUCACGCCGUCUGCCAGUACAUGGACCUCAUCUCAGCCAGUGCCGACCUGGAGGGCAGACGGCAGAUGAAAGUCAGCAAUCGACACCUGGACUUCCUGCCGCCGGGGCUGCUCCUGUCUGCCUACCUGGAGCAGCGCAGCUGAUGGCGGCUUCAUGGUCCCCCGCCUGGCGCCGAGACCUCCAAUACCAUCUGCUGAAAUAAUAUCUCUAUUAUUUUUUAGAAUUUGUUAUGGAAAUCUGCCCUUCCCCUUGGGGUGACUCUUUCUUACCCUUACCCUGUCACAGCCCAGCUAUCUCAGGCAAAGGCUAGCAGCUGGGGCUGCCCCAGACCCUCCCUGCCCUGGAGCUCCCCACUCUGGGACUUGUAUUUGGGCGGGGAGACCUGGUCUGGGCUCUUCCAUGUUCCUUCUUUGCCCCAGCCUGAAGCUCGGGCGAGGAAGGAGAGGCCGGGUUUUUAUCACUUUUAAUGAAUUUGGCAUGAUUUGUUGUAGAUUUUAAACUUCCCUCUCAGGGGAGGAGUACCAAAACUCGCCCCCCCCCCCGCUGAGACAUGGUGGGGCUUCAUCCAGCCCCUGCUUGACCCUCUCCCUGGUUUUUGCUUGGGUGGGGGGGUGUCUCUGGGGCCCCAGCCUUUGUCCCAGGAGCAUCGUGUCUUGGGUGUGUUUGUGCGUGUGUGUGCCCCGCCUCCCGGGCCAGAAGCGGCGUUGUAAGGGCUGGUUUAACCCUCUUUUUGGAACGCACGUCCUCCCCGGUGCCUUUUGGCCAACGUGUUUUUGCUUGUGUGACGUGGGGCAGCUCUACGUGUCCCCUCAUGCCCCCACUUCCCUCCCCCGCCUUUGUACUCUGGGGGUCCAGCACUUCCAGCCAGAAGCUUCCAUCCUCAGAAAGCCCUGUUCCCCUCCUCUUGUCCCCUCUGUCCCCAAGCCUGGCUCUGGCCUGUUGGGUCAGGGUGCCUCCAACCCCUGCUCAGGUCACCCUGCCCUGGGCUGGGAGAGCAGGGCUGGGGACCCCCCUUCCCAGUGUGUGGCUAAUUGUGUUUUGGGGAAAGUGGAGGGUUCAAUAAAUUUCUGGUGC